AUGUAUGUUAAUAAAUAUUCGAUUCUACUCAUCCUCGUCAUUUUUUCGCUUGUUCUAUUUUGCUAUACAAAUGCCGAUUCAAGUGAACAACAGGAUCAUUUAAUUGAUAGUAGUGAUGAAGAAUAUGAUGACUUAGUGGAUCUUUACCAUGGUGCGUCAAUUCAUCCUUUCCUUAUCAAUCAACGAGCAUCACUUCGACCGUUUGCCGGCAAACGUGCAUCACUACGCCCCUUCGGUAGACGGGCAUCAUUACGUCCGUUCGGAAAACGUGCAUCGUUACGUCCAUUUGGUAAGCGUGCGUCGCUACGUCCUCAAAGCUACGUGGGUAAACGGAAACAGCGAAGCAUCAUCUAUGAUGAUGAAUAA